CCCUCACCCCCUCUACCACACCCAAGCUACUAACCCGCUCCAGGGCUAGGAAAAACCAUGGCCGUCGCGCUCGCCACAAACGGCGCCAAAAAGGUAUACAUCCUCGGGCGCCGUAGAGAGCCCCUCGAAAGCACCGCAGACCUCUGCCCCGGGGUAAUCACCCCGCUAAUCGCCGACGUGGGCAGCAAAGCCUCUCUCGCCAGCGUCGCCGAGAAAAUCGGGAGGGAAACCGGCUACGUUAACCUCCUGAUCGCCAAUGCGGGGAUGGUGUAUCUCACUGCGCCAGAAAGUCUCACCGGCGCCACCACCGGCGCCGUACAGGUCGGCCGAACCCUGAAAGAAAACGCCACCCCGGCAGACCUCGAAUCGUUCCUGAUGAACACCCCCGCGGAGGAAUUCCUCGAUACCUUCCGCGUCAACACGGCGGGGGUCUUCUAUACGAUUGCGGCGUUUGUCUCGCUGUUGGACGCGGGGAAUCGGAUGGGCAACAUGGUGCAGAAGAGCCAGGUCAUCGCGGUUAGCAGUGUCGCGGCGCAUAACCGCUGCACGACGGGUGGGUGUGCGUACGGGAUGAGUAAAGCCGCGGUCGUGCAUCUGAUGCGUCAGAUGAUGACCCUGUUGAUUCCUCAGGGGAUAAGGGCAAACACCAUCUCGCCGGGCUGUGAGACUCCUCCUUUGCCCUAAGCCUCCCCCACUCCUCUCCCUACAUUUCCCCGUCGUGACCCGAGCAUGGCUGAUGACUUGAUAACAGUAUUCCCGAGUAACCUCUGCGGUAGCCCCCCGACAGGAGACAUCACCGUAGAAGGGACAUUCGAGCGCGGAUUCAUCCCGCUGUGUCGCGCCGGGAGAAGCGACGAGAUUGCCGGCGCGAUUCUAUAUCUAGCUAGCAAAGCAGGGGGAUAUGUCAACGGGGAUCUACAUUUGAUUGACGGGGGGAUGGCAGGGUGUGGAUGAUGAUGAUCUGUUUAGAUACAAGUCUGAUGUGUAUAACGUAAGGAGUCAUGGUAUGGUAUAGUAUAAGUAGCUUUGUGCAAUUAAAAUUAAAAUGAG